AUGGCAGCUGCUGAUCUAUCUACAGGGCCUAGGGAGGUGUCCAUAUGCCACCCAGAUGCAAUUAACGACGUCCACGGGCCACGAAACAAAAUUCGCAAAGGCGAGUUCUACGAUCAGAUUCAUCCUGCACAUAAUCUACAGUUCACUCGCGACUCAAAUCAGCAUAAGCAUCGGCGCAGAUAUUGGGACAAGGCGUUUCAAACCAGUGCCCUUCAACAGUAUUCACCGCGCAUUUCGAAGCACUACAGGCGGUUUCUGAGCAUCUUCUCUCAUAAUGCUACUUCCAAUGUUUCUGUCGACGCCAGCAAGCUCCUCUUAGACCUUUUCUUCGAUGUGGUGUCAGACUUGACAUUUGGGGAGUCUUUCGACACAUUGACGACAGGCAAACGGAACCCGAUCAUCGAGGAAUUCUUACAAAAUCAGAAAAUCCUAGGUUUUGUUAUAUUAAAUAUGUGGGUUUUCCACUUGAUCAGAAGCAUACCCAUGGUCGCAACACGUAUUCUCUACAUGACGCAAUGGUAUGCGAGCGCUGUACUCAAACGGAAAGAGAAGAAAAAUAUUUCGCCAGAUCUCUACACACAUCUAUCGCAAUCUGAUUCGUUCGAAGUCAAUAGCGUUCAUGAGGCUCAGCUUGCAGUCAUUGCUGGUGCCGACACUAACGCCAUCACUGUUUCUAAUGUCUUUUUUCUCCUCUGUCGACACCCAGAAUAUCAACACAUACUCUUCGAAGAAAUAUCUGGACUACCUUCUCACGAGGAUAUAAUCGAAGAUAGCCACUUGUUGAAUAAACCUAUCAUAUUGGGUAUCAUCAACGAAACCUUAAGGCUCUACCCACCAGUGCCUGGGGGUCUUCAGCGCGUGACGCCACCAGAAGGCGCAAUUAUCGCUGGUCGUUACAUACCUGGCGAUACAAUAGUCUCAACCCCUACCUAUGCGCUCCACCGAGAUCCUCGUGCAUUCAUCCGACCCAACGAAUUUGUGCCUGAACGAUGGACUUCCCAACCGGAUCUUGUCGUUCGUAGGGAUGCAUUUGUUCCCUUUUCCUAUGGCACUUACAACUGCGCUGGGAAGCCUUUGGCGAUGAUGCAGCUGCGCAUGGUCAUUGCCAUGGUCGUAAGAAAGUUCGAGCUUUCGUUUGCGCCUGGCAAAAAGCGGGAGUGCGAACGCUUCAUCGAGGAUCAGGCCGACUGCUUUACACUGCACCUUCAUCCUCUACCACUUCUGCUGAAGGAAAGAACCCACUGACUUUGACCCGCAAAUAUUCUUCCACUUUUAAGUAAGCUGCAUCCACUUUAUCCUAGUCAUGCACAAACUACGUGCUUAUAGCCCAUACCUGCCAGAAUAGGUAAUCGUAGCUCACCUACACAUGCGGGCAGUUGCACUUCUCUCCUUCAAUCCUGCCGCUUCAAUUUAUUCAAUGUCUUGUCUCUUGGAACCCGAUUUACACCCCAUCUCCAAACACAGCCCUUUCGCACCACAUUUGACAGCAAAGUCAG